AAUCUAUGCUUGGUCAAGGGGCAUAAUAUUUAUGAUUGUUUCACCUUGCCAAAUCUGUGGCUUCAUUUGUUGUUUCGUUAUAAAGACGGAGCUAUAUUCAAAGCAAAGGCUUGACUGGAAUUAUACAUUUGUAUACUCAUAGCACAGUGAUGUGGUUGUAGGGAUAUCAGAGAUAAUUUGCCGGCUUCUUGGAACUUGAAUAGAAAGGUAAUUAUUCGCAUAAGAGGAGAGGAGAGAGAUAGGAAAAGUAUUGGUCGGGUUGAGGCCAUGAUGGAGUACAAGGAUUUGGGAUUUGUCCUUGUCCUCAUCCUCUCAAUCUGCCAUGGUGGGGGGCUGCCGGGGGUCACAGGGCAGCGGACAAACUUUGCACGGGGCAAUUUCUUUCAAGAUAAGUUCUGCGAAAUCUUCUGCCCGAAAGACGACACUCACCCGAGGCUUACGUUGACGGACGAACAGAUUGAGACCAUUCUCAACAGCGAAGAGAUUAUCAAGAUGCUGGAGGAGAACCCGGAGCUACUGCAUGGUGAUGAAGAACUAGAAGGAGCCUGCGUUAUCCAAUUCAAUAACGACCAGAGGGACUCCAUACUGGCCCAGUACGGGGGGUUCUUCUCCACCAGCCAAGAGGCAACUGAGCUCGAGGAAACAGCAACACGGGUCAACGUCCCGACAGAGUCACUUUUAGACCCAGUGGAUCAAGAGAAACUGGACGAAUUCCUGGAUAAUAAUCCGGGAAGAACUGAUGAUGAUGCAGGUACUUCUGGUGAACAACAGGAAAAGACCCAUGACAGUAUCUUGAGAUAUUACGGAGGUAGCAGUAGCAGUAGCAGUGGCAGUCGCAGCUAUGAAUGGAGAAAUUAUGGCUCUUCCGGUAGCAGUGGAAGCGACUCAAGGCGGCGGAGAAAGAGACGAGAUGCUAAUGCUAACACCAUUAGGGAUUCCCAUAGGACACUCAAAGACCAGUCUCGAGAUGUGAAGCUGCUAAGUGAUAUCAGCGUGAAAAAUUCAAUAAGGAAAAGAUCCCUACGGGGCAGGACCCGGUCAAAUGGUGCAGCUCGAGUCAAGAGGGGCCCUACAUCUGCUCCUCUGUGUGAAAGUAUAAUAGACGCAAAGGCCAUUGACAUUGCAUUGACAUCGGACAAUAAGCUGGUACAACUUCCUCAGUUCAGCGAGAUCGGACUGAACCAGUGGUUCCUGACGGAAACCUGUAAAUACCCAUAUUCCCUGGUCCAUGAGGACGUGGGCUGCUACAGUACAACCCGCGGCCACAAGGCCCUCGCAGUGGAUCUAUCAGUGGACCCCACGGAAAACAACUCCACCAUCUUUGAGGGCAUCAUUAUGAUAGAGAGCUGCAAGGCUUUUAUUUCCGGAGCACAGGAAGUAAAUGUUGAAGGGAGUACCAGCAGCACUAACAGCACCAGCUAAAGUCCUCAACUUCUUAAAUCUAGCCAGGUUCCUACCCCAUAAUGCAAUGUUCUCAGCAGUGUAGUCUUGUAGAAUAGGCCCACUUGAAUAAUAACAUGCUAAUUCACUACUUAAUCCAUUCAUAUCACAGUAAUUAUAUUACCAAGUAGUAUUGAAACAUGUUCUUCUCAUGAACAUUUUGGUUUCUCUAUACAAAUAAUGCUAAUUUAUUCUCUGUAUUAUAAAUGGUUAUCUCAAAAGGUAUAUUCCAAGACUAGCCAUUAAAGGUCAAGUCCACCUUUAGAAAAAAUUGAUUUUAAUAAAAUUAAAAAAGCAUAAAACUGAAAAUUUCAUCAAAAGUGGAUGUAAAAUAAGAAAGUUACGACAUUUUAAAGUUUUGCUUAUUUUUCACAAAACUGUUAUAUGCACAACCUGGUGACAUGCAAAUGAGAGUCCAUGAUAUCUCUCACUCACUAUUUCUUUUGAUUUUACUGUUUGAAUUAUACAAUAUUCUAAUUAUUACAGAUUUUACAAUUAGGACCAACUUGACUGAACCAUAAAAUGUUAAAGUACUAGUAAUGGUACAUGUAGUUUGACAUACAAUAAGAAAAUUAUAAUAUUUCAUAUUACAUAUAAUAAAAUACAAAAUAGUGAGUGGGUGAUGUCAUCAAUUCCCUUAUUUGCAUACCAACCAGUAAGUGCAUAUAACUGUUUUGUGAAAUUAAGCGAAACUUAAAAUGUCAUAAAUUUCUUAUUUUGCAAUUUGCAUCCAAUUCUGAUGACAUUUUCAGUGUUAUGCUUCUUAGAUUUUUCUCUAUUUAUUCAAAUCAACUUUUUGUUGGGGUGGACUUGUCCUUUAAUAACAUGCCACCAAUGAGAAACCACACAGUGUUGAUCAGUUUGCUGUCCCUUUAAGUUGCCCAUAUAUAGAUAUCCUCUGCUGCAGGCAUUCAUAGAGGUCUGUUCGAAGGAUACAAUCAUCUUGUAGAUUACAACAUUGGAAUCAUUUUGAUCAUACUGUCGGGAACAGGUGCAAUUCUGCAACAUGGCCCAUUGCAUUGGUAACAUACAAACCAAUCACUGUUAAAUUCUAGAGACAAGAACUGCAUGAAGAAAUAAAACCAAUCCUGAAGAGACUGGGGCUGAUUUAUCCUCCCCCCCCCCUUACAGGUUUUUUAAUCAAUUUGUGACAUGAGAAACUCUUGCCAGGACACUUAAGUACUGUUUUACCCAGAUAUGUUGUUUCGAAUUUACAAAUAAUAUUAUAUCCUACAUUGAGUAAAUCCUGUAUAGUGAUUGGUUCAAGUAGCAUCAUGUGACCGAAUAUAUUUCAACUAUGAUGUUGCGUGACGUCAGACCUCGAUAUAUUUUUGGAUAUAUCGAGGUCUGACGUCAUUAUUUCACAAAACUGGAUAUCUAGCUAAACCUAUGAGCUAAACUCUCGGGCGUACCGGCCAGCGCGCUCUCUCUCCCGGGCAAGUCCAGCAUAGUGGGAAUUAUUAAUCCUCGGUUGGACUGGCAAAACUACUAUAUUUCCCUCGGGGCUUCGCCCCUCGGGAAAAAUAGUAAUUGCCAGACCAACCUCGAAUAAAUAAUUCCACUAUACUUUCUCAAAGCCUGAUAUAUUUGUUUAUUGUAACUGUAUGAAGGACCAAAAAUUAAUACAUGAUGUAAUUUAAUGCAACACAGGGCCCUCAGAUAACAUGGGUAAAAAAUAAGUUAAAAAUUCAUGUACAACUCACUAUAUCAAUAAAAUAUGAAGUGACUUAGGAAGG